UUUUAGCCAGAACAGCUCAUGUUUUAUCCAUUUGUUGCCGCUUGGUUUGCGAAGAGUCGCCAAAUUUCAGAACUGGAUUUGAGUUUCAUUAAGAAGGUUUACAUUGCUGCCUGGGUUUUGGAUCCGACAACUGCCGACUUGCUGCACCAAAAGCUCCCUAAUGCAAAAAUUGUCCAGAUGUAUGGAAUGACUGAAGUCGUUGCCAUUUCCGCCUCCGACUUAAUUGACGACCGCGAGGAAGCGGAAAUAAAACCUCUGACAGUAAUUGAAAAUCAAGGCGAGCUAUGUGUUUCAUCUGGGCAGCUUUUACCCUUCAUCAAGGCAAAAAUCAUUGAUCUGAACAACGGAGAGGCGCUUCCGAAAGGUGAAAGGGGGGAAAUUUUGAUCUCAACACCCUCUAUGAUGAAAGGCUACUUGAUCAAUGGCGAGGAGCACAGGAAAGAAGGCGAGUGGCUGCAAACAGGGGACUUGGGAUUUUUCGACGAUGAUGAAAAUAUUUACGUUCUCGAGAGGCUCAGUUUUAUGUUUAAAUAUUUAUCUCUUUUUGUAUCUCCUAGUGAGAUUGAAUCGGUUUUGAGCGAGCACUCCGGAAUUCAAUCUGUCGGAGUGACGGGAGUUCCUGACCUAGAGGUCACGACCUUGGCAACGGCCUUUGUAGUUUUGAAACCAAGAACUCAACUAACAGAAGACGAAAUUUGCGCUUUCGUGGCCGACAAGCUACCGGAAUACAAGCACCUGCACGGCGGAGUCCGAUUUGUUGAAAAACUACCAGUUAACAAAGGUGGAAAGUUAGAUCGAGUCAAACUAAGGGAUAUGGCCCUGUCCGGGGAGUAAUUAAAUAAUUUAGAUUCAAUUAAAUUAGUAAAUAAUUAUAAUUUGCUGAAAAAUUAUUUUAAUUGAAACGUUUACAUUCAUUUUGGUUUUGUCGAAGGAAGAUU